AUGAGUCACCCUAAACGCAAGACGUACACGGUAUGGGUUUGCUCACGUUCGUCCCUUCUCGUCAGCGCGUUCUGCCUGCUCCCAAGUUUCAUGUGUCCACAAACGCCUAUGGCGACACCUCAGUAUGAGCUAGAGCCUGAGCGAGCCUCGGGGGGGACUGACGUUGUGGGAGGGCGAAAGAGAAUGCACAGUGCGUCUCCUUUUAACAAAGAACGUUUCUGUUGCGGCAACCGCUGCCUCUCGGGCCCCGAGCCUGGAAUUCUCCUCCUUACAGUGUUCCUUCUCUCCGCGCCCGCCGUCCUCGUUGUCCAUGACGUCUUGCCUCAACUGUCUCGGGAGGCGCAACUGGAAGCAGGUUUAGGCUUCGCUCUUCUUCUUGCGGCGGUCUUUGGGACACUCUUCGCCGUCGCUUUCAGCGAUCCAGGCAUUUCGUCGUCAUCAACGGCGUCAGUGUUCCGCAGAAGUGGUGCGGUGAGUCAGAUAGGAAGAAAUCGAAGAACAAACGCUUUGCCUGUGUCACCCGCACACCUAUGGGAGGGACGCCCUGUGUACGUACACGCGGCUCCGGCGGAUCCUCUUGAUCCUGGAGACGCGCGCGACCUUACUAUGCAGACGGCGAAAGGGAAUGACGCGUCGUUUUGUCAGAUAACCAGAUCGCGGUCAAGACACACUUUACAACCUGCUGUCUGUACAGACCGCCCCGAGCAAAGCACUGCUCAAUCUGCGACACUUGCGUGCGGCGUUUUGACCACCACUGUCCUUGUCUUCUUCUUCUUUGUCUUCUUUGCGGCUCUCUACGCUCUCGCGGUUGCCGUCGGUGCCGGCGUAGCUAUUGUUCAGGCAGAGAUCAACAGCCGGGGUUGGAAUGUCAGCGUGGAGACGAUAUGGCAGGCGGCGUGCGAUUGCCCUCGACUUGCGGGCCUGUUCGUUUACGGCGUCUGCUGUUCCAUUCCGCUCUUGAAUCUGUGCUGUUUUAACGUCUACCUGGUGGGGAACAACCUGACAACGAACGAGGAGAUCCUCCAGCUUUUCCCCGACAGGAACCCGUACUCAUCGGGUAAGGCGACCGCGCUCGAAUGCAGAGAAGAAAAGGAAACAGGAACGGAGGCAGAACGCAGACGGGAAGAGGAGCAACCGGAUGUGAGAGAGGACGCGGCAGAGGAGGCACAUAACGGAGCCGACUCAAGCAGACAACGCACAAAAUCAGACAGAGCUGGGAAAGGCAAGCAAGGGCCCAAACAAUGGGUGACAGCCGAAGACAUGAAGCGGAGAGAGAGCCGUGCAGCAGAAAGAAAAGAGUGCAAAGAUACAGAAGCGGACGGAACGUGUGCCGAUGCCCUUGCGCCGUUCGAUCUUCACACUGGAUACACAAGGACGGUGGAACGGCGAUGCUCACAUACACUGCGCGCAUGCGUUUCCUCUGUCGCACAGGGUAUCUGGCUAAUGUUUAUCACUUUUUCUCGCAUCGGGUGGAGCCCAGGUAGGUGA